AUGGAGAAUCCCAGUGGAACUUCUGGUCCAAGAGUAAGCGACAAACGUUUAGCACAAACGCAGGCAAAAGUAGAUGAGGUCGUUGGUAUUAUGCGUGUCAAUGUAGAAAAAGUUUUAGAACGAGAUCAAAAACUCUCCGAACUAGACAACAGAGCUGAUGCACUGCAGCAUGGGGCUGCGCAAUUUGAACAGCAAGCUGGUAAGCUUAAAAGGAAAUAUUGGUGGCAGAACCUGAAAAUGAUGUUAAUCAUUGGUGGUAUAGGAGUCGUUUUGCUUAUCAUCAUAAUUGUUUGGGCUACUUCUGGAAGUGGAGGUUCAAGUCCUGCUCCCCCCGUCGUGCCACCCGUCACCGAAGCUCCAUCUGGACGAUAA